AUGCGAAGAUAUAGCUCCACCGAAGAAGAUCACGACCGACGGCGUUCAGCAGUGGCAUUGAUGAGCGAGGAAAUCCAACGGGAGGAGCCCAACGAGCACACGGGGCUGCUGCCCAAGAAGCGCCACGAUGCCGACCAAGCGUCCAGCCAGGAGGAAGGCGAGGUGCUGGACAUCCUCCCAGAAGGCGAGACGCCGAGGCGGAAGCUCAUUCUGCACGAAUUCUGGGUCCUGUUUCGAGGCUCUAUACCCGUCAUCCUGGCCUACUCGCUACAGAACUCGCUGCAAACGGUAUCAAUCUUGAUCGUCGGCCGCGCAUCACCCCAAGAUCUCUCCACUGCGGCCUUCUCUUACAUGUUCGCCAUGUGUACCGGUUGGCUGAUUGGGAUGGGAGGGUCGACGGCCUUGGACACGCUGGCGAGUUCCACGUUCACCGGAAGUAAGAACAAGCAUGACUUGGGCAUCCUGCUACAGCGGGCCUUCAUCGUCCUGACGCUGUUCUACGUCCCCGUCGCCAUCUUGUGGCUGUGUUCGGAACCGGUAUUCAGAGCUCUGGGCCAAAGUCCUCAGCUGUCGCAUGACAGUUCAAAAUUCCUGAGCUGUCUGAUCCCCGGCGGACUGGGGUACAUCUACUUUGAGACCAUGAAGAAAUACCUUCAAGCCCAAGAGAUCAUGCGUCCAGGCACCUAUGUGCUUCUGAUCACCUCCCCCAUCAGCGCGUUGCUGAAUUACCUGUUUGUCUACGUGGCCGGCUGGGGCAUCUUUGCCGCUCCAUUUGCAACCGGCAUCGGCUACUGGCUGUCGUUCCUGGGCCUCGUGCUCUAUGCCAAAUUCGUGGCCGGCGGGGAGUGUUGGGGCGGCUGGACCAAGAGAUGCCUCCAGAACAUGGGAGUUUUCGCCAAGUUAGCAUCGUUGGGGGUUAUUCAUGUGGGCACCGAGUGGUGGGCUUUUGAGAUUGUUGCUUUGGCGGCCGGUCGACUGGGAGAAAUCCCUCUCGCGUCCCAGAGUGUCAUCAUGACCGCAGACCAAGUCAUGAACACCAUCCCCUUCGGCAUUGGCGUUGCCGCCAGCGCACGGGUGGGCAACAUGCUCGGUUCCCGCAAUGCCAAAGGAGCCGCACGGUCGGCCAACGUGGCGGCCUGGCUGAGCAUGUUCAUGGGAGCCCUGGUGUUGGCCGUCCUGAUGGGCACGAAGAACGUCUUUGCCAAGAUCUUCAACGACGACGAGCGGGUGGUCAAGCUGACCGCCCACGUCUUGCCGUACGUGGCGCUGUUCCAGAUCGCAGACGGGCUGAACGGUAGCUGUGGUGGUUCUCUCCGAGGCAUGGGCCGCCAGCAUAUUGGAGCUGCCGUCAACAUCGUCAGCUACUAUUGCGGCGCCCUCCCCCUGGGCAUCUGGCUCGCCUUCCAUGGCUGGGGCCUCCCGGGACUCUGGGUCGGCCAGUGCAUUGCCCUGUAUCUGGUGGGGAUUGCCGAAUGGGCCAUUGUGGCGUUCAGCAACUGGGAGCACGAGGUCGACAAGGCUUUUGCCCGGAUGGACAAGGACGAGCUAGUGGAGGGAGGUCACGCAACGGCGUCUGUGGCAGCACCGGCGGGGAAUGGGCCUCAAUAA